AUGGACGAAGGAGGUGCGACGCCAAUCCUCCCUUCUCACCACGAAUUAGAUCGUUGUCGUUUAGAAUCAACAGUGGAUUACGAUUUAGCUUCUUUAUCACUCAACACACUUUCUUCCAUUUCUUCACAUCCUUAUCCCUCACAACCCCCAAAACCUACUCAUCCUCAAUCUCAUCCCCACCCAUAUCCCUCUAAUCAAUCCAAUAACAAUUCAAGAAACGUUGGUAAUUUUUCAGGAAGAAAACCUCACUCGGAUAAAGAUGAUUUUUCAGAUUUAUCUUCUCUCGGUUCUGUCGAAUAUCCCAGAGGGGUUGAACGUAGUUUUUCACUUGAUCAUUAUUCUCUAGGACCUCAUGGAACACCUAAACCUAGAUCUAGAAUACCAAUUGGGAUAACGGGGAAAUAUGAUUCACCGGUCAGUACGGUUGGACAUCAUGUUAGUGCUGCUACGUUGGCAGCGGGGGUGUUUAGGAAUGGAAAAGAGAUGGAUGGGGACUGUGAUGACGAUGAGGAUUUUGAUCCGGAACGAAGUUUGGGGAGGCUGGUAGGGGAAUUAGGUAGGGUGAUGAGUGGGAAAAUCUCACCCAGACCUACUUCCCCUUUCUCUCCCCUCAGAAGUCCCCGAUCUCCAUCUCCCAUAACCACCGCAGCCAAUCUAUCCUAUACCUUAAAUCGUUCCACCGCCCUUCCUUCUCCUCCCACCUCCCGGUCCAGCUCAGCCGAACCUCCUUCCGUAUCCGGCUUCACCGCCGCUGCUCACCGUCUGGAAAAAGAACUCAAAACCAAAUCGAGAUCACAACCUGCGCCUCGUAGAGCUCUUAGCGACACCACCGCUCAGAUACACAAUAUGGGCGCACCGGGACCUAGACGUAGUACUCGACCAACGAUCUUAGGUAAAGAGGACGUACGCCCGGGGUCAGCACCACCACAUGGGGAUGUGACGGGGAUGACGGGGUUGUUAGAAACGCCUGCAAAGGGCGCGGAUUUUGGGUCUUUGGGAAAGAAUGCGGAGUUGGGCGGGGAGACAGGAGGAGCCAUACCACAAACACUCGCUACUCUACAUGCCAGACUGAGAGCUUUAGAGACUGAAAAUUCACUCUCUCGUCGGAGGGUACGAGAACUUGAGCAAGAGCUGGAAAAGGCCAAAGGUGAAGUGGAGACUGCCAAACGGGGUGGCGAAAGGAGACUUCGGGAGGUGAUCGGGGAGAAGACGGCUCUGGAGGACCUGGUCAAAUCCCUUCGAUCUCAUCUCGCACGUCUCACUGUUGAACUCGAGCAAAACAAAACCCUCGUCAAUGAACUCCGCGAUCAACUCACCGCCGCUCAUACUGCCGCUCGAGCAGACUAUGACAGCUCAGUCAGAAACGAUAUUUCCUCGUUACGACAAGAAGUCGAGCGUCUGUCGAAUGAGGUACAACGAUUAGGCGGGAUAGUGGAAGAAGGUCUCGAAACUCGUAAGAAAGCUAGAGGAGAGCGUACGAUGCGUUUGGAAGCUGAAGAAGCUGAACGUAUCGCCAAUUUGGUCAAAGAACCAGAAACGAUGUCCGAAAAGGUCUCUAAAGCCGAACGAGAAUCAGAGAUGGAACGUGUAAAAAGGGAUGUGCAAAGAAGACAAGAAGAACAAGAAGCUGCGGCUGAAUUGAUUUCACUCAAUGAGGUAGAACCGAGACCUUCAAAAUUCCGUCAAGGAUUACAUGCUGCCGCAGUGGUAAAUACUCAAAUGAUGCCUCCAACUGUUGAACCUCCCACUCGAACACAUCCAUCACGUCACCACGACCAAUCGAGCCUUCCAACCCGGACGAACCAUUCUCGUUCUCACUCUCAUACUCAUGCUCAUGUCAAUUUUCACUCUCAACCCCACUCACAUAUCCAAUCCCUCCCGCAACAGGUAAAUUCAAAACUUCAAGUGAUCAUAGGCGACAGAACCAGAUAUUCUGACGGUUCUUCAAGUAGCAGUUCGAGUUCGACCCGUAGAACAGAAAGACGUAAACCAGAAGGACCCAAUUCACCUUUUCCAAGUAUAAGAGAAUCUGAUGAAAAAGAAUUUUUCUCUCCACGUCCAAAGGUCACACGUACUACACCUACACCUCCUUAUGCCCCACCUCUAAUAUAUGCGGAUAAAGAAAAGGUUCCUUCUGGGGGAUAUGAGAAUGUGAAGGAUUUGGGUGAUGGGAAAGGGGAUAAAUCGAGAUAUGAGAUAUUACCUGAGAGUGUUAGAAAUACUAUUGAAAAGAAAGGAGAAGUACCACCACAGACUGUUCUGGCUAGGGUAAUAGGGGAGUUAGAAGCUGAUUUUGGGCAUUAUAGAGCGAUUUACGCAGAGUUAGCCGAUCAAUACAAAGUAUUGGAUCCAGCUAGUCAUAUUGCUAAACGACACGUACUUGCGGAUCAUCUACGAGAAGUCAUCGAUACUCUCGAACAUAAAGCUGAUCAAAUUUCGGCAUUAUACGAAUUACUAUCAGUACAUGAUCUACCGUCUACUCAUUCUCACGAUGAAAAAAAAGUCGGGCAAGGGAAAAUUAGGAAGAGCGUACCGGAUAUAGUUAGGAUGGUAAGGGAUAGUUUGGGUGAAGAAGGUUUGAAAAGGUUGAAGAAAGAUGGGAUUAAAGUGGCUGGAUUGACUUGA